AUGGCUGCCAAAACUCCCUCUGAUGAGCGCAAGGUGCUCAACGUGCAAACAUCUGGAAAGGUGGCUGGUUCCGCUCGUGCUAAUGGAACAGCUAAAGCAAACGCUGCCGAACAAUCUGGUGAUGACUCGGAUGACGAUCCAGACCAACAUGUCACUGAAAUCACAGUUGCUGCCGGUGAGGGCGGUGACGCUAAGAAGCGAAAGAACAAGAAGAGAAAGAACAAGAAGAAGAAGAUUAUUGCGCAGACUGAGCCUCCAUCCAUCCUUGUGUCCAAACUAUUCCCAAACAACAACUACCCCAAGGGCGAAGAGGUCGAAUAUAAAGACGAGAACCUCUAUCGCACCACUGACGAAGAAAAGCGUCAUUUAGACAACCUUAAGAGCGACUUCCUCUCUGAUUAUCGCCAGGCGGCCGAGACGCAUCGUCAGGUCCGCCAGUGGGCACAGAGAAACAUCAAGCCAGGCCAGACCCUCACUGAGAUUGCCAACGGCAUCGAAGAUAGUGUGAGGCGUCUGCUUGGACACGAUGGUUUGACUGAAGGCGACUCCCUUAUUGCCGGCAUGGGCUUCCCGACCGGGCUGAACAUUGAUGAGAUUGCUGCUCACUAUAGCCCAAAUGCCGGUGACAAGGUCGUGCUUCAGCAGAAUAAUGUCAUGAAAAUUGACAUUGGCGUCCAUGUGAAUGGUCGCAUCGUCGAUAGCGCCUUUACAAUGGCGUUCGACCCCAUGUAUGACAACCUCCUCGCAGCCGUCAAGGACGCCACGAACACUGGUGUCCGCGAGGCAGGUAUUGAUGUCCGCCUUGGAGAACUCGGCGGAUACAUCCAAGAGGCCAUGGAGAGCUAUGAAUGCGAGAUCAACGGAACUACCUAUCCGAUCAAAUCGAUUCGCAACAUAGGCGGCCAUAGUAUCUUACCAUAUCGCAUCCACGGCACCAAAAGCAUUCCCGCCGUAAAGUCGGACGACAUGACCAAAAUGGAAGAGGGUGACAUCUUUGCCGUUGAAACUUUCGGCAGUACUGGCAACGGCUGGGUUUACGAUCACGGCGACGUCUCGCACUAUGCCCUUCGUGCAGAUGCGCCAAAGGCAGAACUUCGUCUGUCUUCAGCCAAAUCACUCUUGAAUGUGAUCAAGAAGAAUUUCGGCACCGUUCCGUUUUGCCGCCGCUAUUUAGAUCGUAUUGGGCAGGAGAAGUAUCUCCUCGGGCUCAACACGCUUGUGAAAUCUGGCAUUGUUGAAGAUUACCCUCCUUUGCUCGACAAGAAAGGGUCGUACACUGCCCAAUACGAGCAUACGAUUUUGCUCAGACCUACCGUGAAGGAGGUCAUUAGCCGUGGAGAUGACUACUAA